AUGUCUCAACAUCAGCAAAACACACCUCUGACUCUGGUACAGCUGUGGGAUAGCUACGAGCGAAAUCCCAUACCACGCUGGAUGGCCCGCUCCGCAGACCAGCGCCUAUACGAUGAGAGCCCUCCGUUUCACCCCCCAGAAAGAUUCACCUACUACCCUCUUCCACCAACCCUUGCCGUUGAAAAGCACGCCUGCCGACUCUUCAAAUUGGCCCUAAGACACCAUUACGCGACAAUCUUCUUGAUGGACGAAGAUUGCUCCCUCAUCUGGCAGACGUGGAAUCUCCAGAGACAUCAUGCUCAGCCUAGCGAAGAAGAAUAUGACGAGUGCCUUGACUCCCACACCAUGACCUUCCUUCACACGGGGAAUAAGAUGUUCAGAAACCAGGCAUAUGGUCAGGCAGUAUCCGCUUGGCUCCAAGCUUGGACCACUUUACUCCCUUACCACGUUGAUGCUCUCCCCCAUGGUGCUCUUCGUAACAAACUGGGCUUUCGAGAAUCCACCAUCAUUGGGAAUGUCUCAGCAUGUCUGCUCAAGAUGUGGAACAUGGCAAAAGCAGCAGGACUGGGUGAUGAGGACACCAGCUCGUUUGAGAUCGCUGCCUUUCAAUGUGCUUGGAUCGUUAUCGACUUGCGAGAAUAUGCUCGAGUGAGAACAGUGUACAGCGCUUGUCGUCGAGCUGAGGAGUGCCUCAAGGAAUUGUUCGAAGACGGCAAGGUCUAUGGCCGCGAUUUCGGCCCAAACGCAGUCGGUGUUUCUGAAAUGCGUGCCAGCGCAGCAAAAUAUGAAGCAUACGCCAAGGCCCAAGGCGAUGCUAUACAGAACGCCGAUAGAGAGUUACUAUUCCGAGAUCUCGACAAGAGCUUGGAGGUGCAGGUGGAUAGAGAGACCACUCGUGCGGUAGGGCCGUUGAUGUGGGACAGGCUGGGGGCAGGAGGGGAUACAUCUUCUGUGAUUGAGCAAGCAAGGUUCUUGGACGAGCAGCCGCUCGAUUACGGUGCCGAAGCCCAACAGGCUAUGGCCGGGAAUCGCAACUUGGUCGAACGCGAAUGGUGGUACACUUUUGAGCCUAUGGAACCUCACGAAGAAGCCGGAAAGGGCAGCUUUUGGUAUCCACCGAGCGAACAUCCCACCCCCCGCCUAACCUAUUUGCCCUACCCGACCGGCCUCAGCUUCGUCUUCCACCUCCACGCUCUCACCAAAUUAUCCCUUUACGAGAUAUUCUUUCGGCAGUACCACGAAGACUAUCUUGGAGAAGCAUGGGAGAAGAUGGUUCAAGAGAAGAAGAGAGAACCGUUACGGGAGGUGCCACCUCAGAUGCGCCUCCAUAGAGCGGAGAAGCUCAAGGAUGAGGGAAACGCUAAAUACAAAGCGGGAAACCACAAGGACGCUUUGAAGUCGUAUUUCGAAGCAUGGUGGACGACCGUCCCCUAUCAUUAUUACGGAUUCCCUAAUGAGUUGGACGCCUUGAGGGAUCAACUUGCUAAAAUUGAUUCUGUGAUUUUCGCCAACAUUUCGGCCGUAUAUAUCUCUUUGUUGAAAGCGGUGGCCACGCCUGCUGAAUCGCGAGUGCCAUUCCAGAAGAUGGCAUACCUCGCUAGUUGGGUCGCGGCCGAGCGCAAGUUCAACAAUAGUAUCAAAACUAUGAUCAACAUCUGUACCGUUCUCCCUUCUUGUGUAAAGCGCGAUCUGAUGAAAAUGAUUCGCGUUCAAGACAACCGCCUUCUCUUCACCCUCCCGAGAGACCUUGCAGCGCAUCAAACCGCCCCGCAAGAUAUCCUAGCACUCACCCACAGCUGGACCAGGAUGCGCGAUGCUUUGGGAAAAGCAAAGAACAAGGAUGCCAUCUACAAGGAGGCUUUCACGGGGGAACACAGCAAAGAAGAUGGGUUGAUGAUGGUGAUGUUGGCGGCUCUCGCGGGGCCAGAGGUGUUGAGGGAUGAUGUGGAGCAGAUGAAGAUGGCAAAGGGGUACUUUGCUUGA